AAGCAUUCCAAUCUCUGCUGUAUCCACCCAACCGCCUCCAGGACCCCCCUCACAAGAUGACCGGUAUCAUUGAAGUUCUUGGGCUGAUAUUCGGCGUCAUUCCAAUUUUAUUCAAAACGAUUCAACAAUGCCAGAAAACCUAUAAGGUCCUAGACGAAUGGGUCCACUUCCAAGGCGAGUUCUUAAAAGUCUCCAACGCGGUCAGCCUGCAGAGAUUAUUUCUGAAGCAACUGAUGACGUGGACAUUAGCAUCAGUGACUGAGUCUAGGGAAACCUCAACUAGAAUGUUAGAGAACCCUAGCUGCGCCGAAUGGAAAGAUCCUGCCUUUGCUGAGAAGCUCAGGCAAAUGCUCUCUGGUGAUGAAGAAUAUGAGGCAUACUACGGACUACUGCAGUCCGUUCACGAUGAGCUUGAAAAAGUCAUUCAUGGACUACAGAAAUACAGCAGGUCCGAGCCGGAUAUGCCCUACACCCCUGCUCUCUUGGUCCGCUUUCGGUUGCGGAAAGAGUUUAGAAAGCUCCAGUUCUUCUUUCAAAAAGAAGCAAUAACGGAGCGGGUUGAAUUCGCUACCACGCAAAUUCUCUCACUGGAACGAUUCUUUGGGAAUGCAGAGCGUCUUCGGACUUCCCGACAACACAUUGGUGGCAGCUGCAUUGCGCAUAUAUUCGAGCGUAUCAGACGACAGGCGACCAGCCUUCACCGGGCCAUCACGAGGUCAUGGACCUGUGACUGUAGAGACAGUCAUGUCUUCAAGCUCAUCAUCGGCGGGCCAUUUCGUCCUGAUCAUAGCGGCGAAGACAAUCAGACAUUAGAAGAGAAGCCACUCCGCAUUGCUUUACCAUGCGGCGACGGAGCAAGGGGAGAUACACUUAUGCCCCAGUCAGCGAGUAACGCCGUCCGGUGGUGCAUCAUUGAAGCCGCUCUCGCGACUACCUUUGAGCCACACAUUUCAGUCUGGAGUCAGCUUCGAUCCGCGGAGAAUCCAUCAACCCAAAUGCUGCUCACCGUUCCAACCGGUCAGCAGAGCGGGAGAGCAACCAUUAAUGGCAAUUCUUCUACUAUGUUAUGUCAACCACAGCCGACCAUAGUUUUGUCCUCAGCAGAGAGUGCACCUCACCACGAGCCCCCGACACUGGCUCCCGAAAGCACCCACGUCAUUCAUGACUUGUGCUCCAUGCUCCAAUUCCCACGGACAACUAGGCAACUUGGCUAUCUCUUCGACGGCACCAACUCAUAUCACGCCUUGGUGGUCGUACCCACGGGGACAUCCAGCCCGGAAAUAGUGGGUCAAGCCGUGAGCCUAGGACACAUACUUGCAGGAAGCCCUUCUGAAGUAACUGGUUUGACUACCGCUGUAGCCGUGGCAACUCGUCUUCCUUCUAAAGCUGCAAGGCUGAAGAUUGCUCUAACGGUUGCCCACUCGCUUCUUGAGCUAUUCCCAAGUCCCUGGCUCCCAGGAGAAUGGGACAAGAACGACAUCUACUUCUCGGUCAGCCCAGACGGGAGCGUCAACACUGAUGUACCCUUCCUGAUUUCCAGGAACGGCAGCGCACGCACCAGUAACGCCCAGAACCAAGAAGGCAGAGAGCCUACGGUAGAAAGAACGGCAUAUACAUUGAGACCUCCUGACCAUACAAAGAUCUUGCUCAGCCUCGGCAUCUUGAUUCUCGAACUCUGGUUCGGCCAGUCUCUCGAGUCUCAGCCUUCGUGGGAAGCCAACUUCGGCCCUAAUGGCAAGGAAAAAGAGUUUACCAAGUUCAACGCCGCAGCAACCUGGCAACGGAUGGUUGGGGACGACGGUGGACCGAGACUACACAACAUCACUCAUCGAUGUGUUCACGGCAACUUUGGCUUGGACGCGCAAAGCUUACAAGACUCAGAACUGAUCAGUGCGGUUUACGAGAAGGUAGUGAUGGAGUUGCAGCAUGUUUAUGACGGAUUUUUCUCAUUGGAGGGGUCGUGAUAACAAGGAAGUCAUGAAGGAGACAAGAGGGUGAAACAGAAGGAAGUUCGAGUAGGACGAACCAAGCUCAACAUGGCAUCAGACGUUCGUGUCUUUGUAUUUAACAUAAAUCUUCAACG